GCCAUGACAGACACGGCCUUCAUCAAUAGAACACUCGGCGCAAUCUACACUGACCUGGGCUAUCUCGUUGAUGUCGGCAUCUUGAGCGAAGAUGACUACAACCUCAUCACGUCCAAGAUACCUAGACGACAUACAGGCGCCUUGCCAGCCAUCACAGCUGCAGCGAGUGCGCAACCUCAAAAUCAUAUACAACCUGAUCGCAAUGAUCGCAGACAAGUCCCAUCAGCACCUUCUCAUGCGCCAACACCUGUUCAGCCAGCGCCAACACCUCAACCACCAAAAUUGCUUGGCAUUGCGCAGUGCGAUGCGCUGUAUGACUACAGCACGGAGGAUGCCGGUGACUUGCCGUUUCGGAAAGGUGAUAAAUUGCUCGUACUAGAAUACUGCAAUGCGGAUUGGUGGCGAGGUCAGCAUGUACCUGGUCCAGCAACAGGCUAUGGAAAACCGGUACCAAAAGGGAUGGGUCGUGUUGGGUUGUUUCCGAGCAAUUAUGUUCAAAAGACUGCUGUUACAGGUGUUCCUGAUCCUCAAGUCCCGCUUCCCCAGACGAUUCCCUAUCAGCAAGCAGUUGCACUCCCAUCACUCGCACCCGAACAGUACAAUCCGCAACGGUACGACGCAGUCUCGUAUGCGCAAGGUGGACCACAGCAGGUGACGGUGGUGCAAGACAAAAAGACUGGGCAAAUGCACAAAGUUGGUGGCAAGCUCGGGAAUGCGGUCAUCUUUGGUGCUGGCGCGACCAUUGGCAGUUCGAUUGUGAAUGCAAUCUUGUAG